UGAAGUACAAUAACCGUUAGAUUAAAUAAGGAAUUAAUCAGUGCGGCAGUAACAUUCGAUCUUCGUGCUAUUCCGUCUUUUGGACAAUAGUAUAAGAUCAUUAUAUUCUUCGUUGAUCGAUAUUAAAUAGAAUUUGUUUUCGAAUUAAAGGACAACUCGCGUAAUUCGGUUAGCAGACGAUUCUUUUCAUCGGCCAUAUCAGAAAUGUGUAGAAACCAAGAAAGGGAUUGUGGCUGAAUGCCUCAAUAUUUGAAAAUGAACGGCAACGAUAUAUCAAGAUUAUCGUACAAGGAAUUGCAGGCCUUAGCUCUAAGAUAUCGUGUACCAGGUAACAUUAAGAAGAAACUCUUGGUUAAAGUGUUGCAAGCCGCGAAAGGCGGAAAUGAAAACGAAGUUGGCAGACUACUGCAGGAUCUUAAGCAAAAUCGCAGGAGGAAAGUAAGAAAAGUGAAAAGCGGAAAAAUUCUCGGGUUAACCUCCACACCAUUACAUAGUCCUGAUUACGUUAUGGCUGAUGAUUAUUACUGCCCACAACAGCAACCACCUUAUCAGUGGGUUGGUGCAGAAGAAGAGAUUGUAAGUAGAGAUGAUGAUAAUAGAAUUACCCAUUAUGAAGAGUUUAAACAAUUUUUGUUAAAAAGAAUACAGAGGGACUUUCAGACAUAUGAUGCAAACAACAAUCAAAUACAAGAUUCAAAUAUUGUAGAUUUAAGAACAGCAACUGUUUCAUCUGAUGUACAGAAAGAUCCCUUAGAUAAUAUCAAUUGUACCAGAUCUAACAUAAUUGCUGUUAAUAAUGCAGAUUCAUUUGUAUAUCAACCCAAUGAUCAUGUUGAAUAUCAAACAUUAGAAGAUACAAACAACAACGUGCAAGGAUCUAUACUCUUGAAAAAAAUGCUACAAGCACCAGUUGGUGCAAACUUGGGUGAAAUAGCUAGUCCAGUGAUUGGUGGCUAUCGACUUUGGACCAUGGAUCAGUAUCAGUCUAAUAAUUUAUUAGAUAAUUCUGAUACUUUAACAGCUGAAUCAGACAAUGAGGAUAACGAGGAAAAUUUUGAGAGUAAUACAGAGUGUUAUGGACUUUUAAGUGGUAUUAAGGAAGAAUAUUUAUUAAAUGAACCAACUUUUGUAAGAAAUGUAGAAGAGAUUGGUCAACAGAUAUCAAAUGUGUUAACAAAUGAGCAUGUUAAUCAAUAUAAAUAUUCUUCUACAAAUGUGGAUAUGCAUCAAGAUUAUGACAAUUGGACCAUCACCAAUGUUAUGGAUGCAGCACAAGCAAACUGUGCAUCAGCAGAUGUUGAAUCCUCUAAAAUAUUUCAAACAAUGUAUUAUGAUAAUAUAGGUACUGAUUCUUUAAAUAAACCUAUAAGUAAUGAGGGUCUAACAUGUCAAUAUCGUAUGACUGAAAAUGCACAUACUUACAAUUCUAAUCAAAACCUAUUGAAUUUAAAUGCAACAGAAGAAAAUUCAUGUUAUGAAACAAAUAUCAUACCGAGUGCACAGUCUGAUUCAUCUAACACGUAUUACUUACAAAACCUAAUUAAGUAUAGUUCAGAAAGUAAUGCAGAGUAUUUACAAAAUACACAUUCGUUUUCAAAUGCAAACAUAAAUCAGGACACAUACACAUCUACCAUUUCACAAGCAUUUUCUAACAACAAUCACUAUCAUUCUCAUCUCCCAUAUGAAUAUCCAGGUUCAUACAACAAUCAAGGAAACAUUCCAUUAGCAGGUACCCUAGAACAACAGACACAAAACUGUAGUUCCACAGUACAAUCUGAAUCUAAUAUUAACAAAAAUAUAUCAAGUACAGUAGAUAAGGUACAAACAAAUGGAAUACUAAACCCGUUCUGGCCAAAAAAAUGUUCAAAAAUUCCGGCGGAUCCGAUUCUGGAAAAUAUUUUAAAUCUCAUCAGUACUAAACGCAUAGAUUUAUCAAAAUUGGAUCAAACGUCUUGCGUAUAUUGUUACAUAGCGCCUAUCGCGACGCACAGGCCGGUAUCAUCGAACGCGACUUGUUCCCAAAAAGAAAAGUUUGUUGCGGAAUUCAGGCAACAUUCUUUUUCCCCCUAUUGGUUACUCUAUAACGAUACCUCGUGUGGCAUGCGUAUGGCCAAUUUACAAACAAAAUUCGGAGAAACCACGGCAUAUGAUACCCGAAUAUUGCGAACAUCGACACCAAACAGUAAUUCCGAUUUACGAGAGUCAAUCGCCGAAAGCGAAGAUUCCAUUCCCGAAAUUUGGACACAAAACUAUACGAAUUACGAAACGAUCGCAGAAAAAGAUGCAAAUAUAUGCGAAGAUUUAAACGUUGAAGAUACAGAUUGUCUAUUCUCAGUAAUAAAUACUGAGCCAUUGGUCAAUCAAGUAGAUGAUGUCUCUAAGAGCCAGACUCAAUAAGAAAAGAAAUAUGUACUGCUGGUGGUACAUUAAAUUGUAUGUAGCAUGUAUUCAA